CACCCAACACCGCGCUCCUCCGCGUUGUCACCACCAGGGCUGGUGAGCAUUUUUUUUGACGAGCCCCGCACACAGCAUGGUGCUGCACCGGAUUCAGAGCCUCAGCUCCGGUAAGCAGCUCCGCUGAGACCCGCCAGGGACGCCUGACUUUCCAGACGGCAGAGCUCCCAACACCUGUUCACACCUUCACAAAACAAGAUGCAGGAGGUGGGCAGCACCCAGAGCAGUUCUCAGCGGGUCUUCAGUGUCCUGGAUCGUCUGCUGCUCACACAUCCCGUAUGGCUGCAGCUGUCACUCAACCAAGACUCCGCCCUCUACAUCCUGCUCAGAGAGCCUGUGGGAACUUUUUUAGUGCGCAAAUGCAGUUCCAGCCAGAGGAAGGUGCUGUGUUUGAGGGUGGCAGCGGAUCGAAGUGCUUCCUCUGUGAAAGAGUGCUUCAUCAGUGAGGAAGACUCCACCUUCGCCCUGGAGAGCUCAGCUCUCAGCUUUCCUGACUUGUGUCGUUUGGUGGCCUUCUACUGCAUCAGCAGGGAUGUGUUACCGUUUCCUCUUCAGCUACCAGAGGCUAUUGCAGGAGCUACUACCCACAGGCAGCUGGAGGCCAUCUCACACAUGGGACAAGACUUCUGGAGUCCACCAAGCACUGUAGACAUCCAAAACGGACCGCUGGGGCUUGUUGCCUCAACCAGCGGUGGUCAGGCUCAAAUGGGGACGAAUCUGGAGCAGUGUUCUCUGAUGGCCCAGUGCAGACAAGGCAAAAUCUGCUUCAUCAACCCACUCUUUCUCCAGCUGGAGGUUUGCAAGCAGCUGCAACACACAAACAACAGUGCCUCCAAUAAACGRAACCGCUUCAAGCGAAGCAUGCGGCUCCGGCUCUCCGAGUCCUCCAUGAAUCUGUCCCUCGAGGGAGUUGGAUCCUACUCGCCUUCCCCGUCAGUGGAGCAGCCCGGCGGGUCGGAGGGGCUGCACAAGGCCAGCGCCAACCCACAGAGGAGAGUUCACCCRGGGGCUGGAGUCUUGAGGAGAACCCCUGCCGUAUCCCCCGGUUCUGCAGAGGAAGACGACAUCAUGUCUACAUAUGUGCCACAAACAUCUGCUCCUGGGGACGAGCCACCAAAGUUCCAGCAGGAGGCAGGAAUUGAAGGGACAGUUCUGGCCUUGGAACACCAACCGGCGCCGUCGUUGGCGGAGCUGGACAGCAGCAGCUCCUUCAGCAGCAUGGACGAGGACAAUGACUCAGACACGGAACCAGAAGGCACGGUCCCGGCCCAGGCAGACGUGUACCGGCGCCCGCCGCUCGUCCGCUCCCGAGGCCGCGGCGGGAUGCAUCGCAUGAGCGAGGCCUUCGUUUGCUUUUUYGCUCCGGACAAGCGCCUCACUCGACUGGUGGAGGAACUGUCCCGAGACAGACGCUCGGUCUUUGGGGGCAUGGUGCAGGACUUCCUCUUGGAGCAGAGAGAAGUGCUCAAGUCACUGGCCUCCUCUUCGUCUUCGUCGUCGCGUGUGACRUCCGCGCAGCUUCUGCAGAGUCUGCGCCUUUUCCUGUCACAGGCAAAGUGCUUCUUGUUGGACAGCAGAGAGCUGGAGCCCCCCAUCGAAACCCUUGUGCCCGAAAACGAGAAAGACCUGGCRCUGGAGCGGGCCAUGUUCUCCUGCAUUCUCAGGCCUCUGAGGGGCCGCCUUGAAAAAGCCCUGAUGGCUUUGCACAGUCAGRAUGGCUCCACUCAGCGCCUCACGCAGAACAUCCUCCGUCUGAAGGGGGAGUCAACCAUGGAGCGCCUCGGCGUACAGACAGGGGUCCCUGAUAGCCGGGGAGUGGAGCGGGUGAAGCAGAAGCUGAUUCUGAUGCAGAGAACACAUUCACCCAUCGACAAAGUGCUCCUGCUGUUACAAGUAUGCAAGUUGGUCCACAAGGCGAUGGGGACGUUACAUGGACAAGAAGUUAGCUGGGAUGACUUCCUUCCAUCAUUAUCUUAUGUGUUAGUGGAAUGUAACAGGCCUCACAUCCUGAUAGAAGUGGAAUACAUGAUGGAACUGCUAGAACCCUCCUGGCUUGGUGGAGAAGGUGGCUACUACCUGACCAGUGUGUAUGCUAGCCUGCAUUUAAUCCAGAACCUGGACCAGGGGCAGCGGUUCUCAGGCCGUCUGACGCCCCAAGUCCAGGACUCCCUGAAGGAGUGGAGCAGCAGACGGAGCCUGGAGGCCCAGAAGCAGAAGGACAAUCAGCAGAGCCAAAGGUGCGUUCGGAUACUGUUCCAGGACGGGGAGCGGAGCGCCGUGCGGACGUUGCAGUGGAGAGCCGGGGAGACGAGCCAGGCCCUGGCGCAGCUGUGCGCCGCCACCUUCGGCGUGUCCGACCCGCAGCAGUACACGCUGUACUGGCGCAGCGGCGGCGAGAUGCGGGCCCUGCCGCCCCAGGCCCAGCCCCAGGACCUGGCGGGCCACAGCGAGGGGGGGCCCUCGCUCUCCUACCUGAGGACCGACCACGACUUCAGCAAGAUGCGGCGGCUCACCCGGGGCGGCGCUGUGGACCUGAGCGAGUCCGUGUGCGAGGAGUGAGUGGGAGGCCRCGAGGAGGGGAGGAGGGGAGGGGGAGGAUGGCUGUUCUUUUCUUUCCCCGUCUCUUUUCUCUCUCUCUCUCUCUUUCCUCCGGCGGCGCGUUGUCGUUCCUUGGUUGUCGCGGGUCAGGACUUCUUKUGAGGAAAAACAAACCCUCCUGACUGCGAGCAGAACGACAGACUCUUCCCCCUUCAAACGGACCUUAAAUCAAAGCAAGAACAACUUUGCCAAAAAAUAAAAAAAUUUUAAAAAGUUGGGCCACUUCGGUGCUGCUGGUGUGAGCGGAGUGUACUAUUUGUGGGAAACAAAAUAAUGUGUUAAUAAAUGGAUUUGUAAUCUGAAUCAUGAAUCCAGAGUUAUAAACCUUGAAGGGAUUACAUCAUCAGAGCACGAGCAAGGCUCAAAUCCAAAGACAAAUUCUGUGCGACUACAGUUGCCUGGAAACAAAAGAAUUUCCUGUAAUAGGAAAGCAAAUUUCUCCACCGCGGUGAUGUAACCCUUUCACGUCGUAGUUCUGGGCUGAAAACCUAAAAAAAAAAAAAAGACACUUGGAUGUACUAUCGCUUCACUUUCUGUGUUAAAACGUCUGCAGAUGUUGGGGUUAAAACUUUUCGAAGUUUCAAGGUUUGAGCCUUUUUUAUUUGUGGCUGCUGGAAUAUAAUAAAACAUGUUAAAGCCAAGACCAAACCUCAGUACCAAAGUGACAAAAAGAAAAMCUGAAUAAGAUGUCAUUUUGUGAGAUAAUUGCUGUUUUACUUGGAAGAAAGACAAAAUAUUGUUAAGCCUGGUGGAAGCUUUAAAUCAGCUGUUUGGAUGAAAGAAACUCCACAGAGACAGUUUUAUAUUUAUGGAGCCUGUCCGGUGACAAUGGAGUAAAAAAAAUGCUUGGUCACAAGAUAACUKGUGGUGACGCAAUUGUUAAUGAGUGGCCAUAAGAUAGUUAAUGAGUGGCCACUAUAUACUUAAUACCUUGCCAUAAGACAGUUGAUGCAUGACCAAAAAAUAGUUAAUGCGUGGCCUUAAGAUUGCAUGGUCACGAGAUAGUUAAUCUGUGGUCACAAUAUUCAAUUCAAAAUACUUAAUUGAUCCCACAUGGAAAUUAUAUUACAAUAUAGUUGAUGCAUGGCCA